AUGGUUGAUGAGUAUGGGCAAUGCUCUACUGAUUUGAAACUAGUUCAUGAUGUGCGUGAUGUUGGUAUAGCUCAAUACUUGCAGGUACCCAACCCCCCGCUCCAAUCAACCGACGUAUACCGCACUUUCCAGGGAAGGAUCACCGACCUUCGUCAAGAACCGAGUUAUACCUCCGUUCGCUCAGAUUCCAUUUCCCGCUUUCAGGAGCUAGCAAAACAGUUUGAAGAACAUUUUGCAGCGUCAGCAAUUUACCUGCACGAUUCCGACUAUCUGAAUACAAUCAAACAGGGUCCGCAAGAGAGUCUGAAGGAUUAUAUUACCCGUUUCACGAAAAUCGCCAUGCAAAUUCCUGAUCUACAUCCAGAGGUCCACUUGCAUGCAAUUAAAAGCGGCCUCCGACUUGGUAAAUUCCAGGAAACUAUUGCAGUAGCCAAGCCAAAGACUCUGGCCGAGUUUAGGGAGAAUGCCAAGGGGCAAAUAGACAUCGAAGAGCUUCGACAAGCCCGACGAGCAGAAAAGUCCGCAUUCAUGAAAGACGAUGACAAACCUCGGGAGAACAAGAAAAAUUUCAAGCCUGUGCCACGUUACGAGUCUUACACUCAGUUCAAUACAAAAAGGGACGACAUUAUCAAAGAAAUAUUAAACUCCAAGCUCAUCAAGCCACCCCGUAAGGCCGGCAGCUACCCGGAGCCAAAGAACGUAGAUAAAUCGAAGUACUGCACCUUUCACCAAAAGCAUGGUCAUACCACAGAUGAAUGCGUGAUUGCCAAGGAUCUAUUAGAGUGCUUAGCGCGGCAAGGACACCUUGAUAAAUUCAUUGCAGGACACAUGCAGAAACGUCAAAUUCCAAGCUCCGACCAACUUGCAGCAACUUCAUCAUCCAAAGAAAAGGACAAAGCUCCGGCUCAGCCCAGAGGAGUGAUUAACUGUAUUUCAGGAGGAUAUGCCGGUGGAGGAGAAACAAACUCGGCAAGAAAACGCACAUACCGGGCUAUGUUGGCGGUUGAACACUCUUCUGGCUAUUCUCAACCAACCCCAGACGUUCCUGAGAUGAACUUUUGGCUGCUCUGA